UUCCAAAGCGAAAUGUACACCUCAUCAGCACAGAAGGCAAAAAGACGCACGCACCCUCGACCAGAACUCACAGAUGAGCAAAAGCAGGAGAUUAAAGAGGCUUUUGAGCUAUUCGACACGGAUAAGGACGGCUGCGUCGAUUAUCAUGAGCUCAAAGUCGCGAUGCGCGCGCUAGGAUUCGAUAUGAAGAAGGCAGAGGUCCUCAAGAUUCUGCGAGAUCACGACAAGACAGGUCAUGGGUUAAUGGACUUUGAAGACUUUGCAAAAAUCAUGAGUGAACGGAUCCUGGCUCGUGAUCCGAUGGACGAAAUCCGCCGAGCCUUCCAGCUAUUCGAUGACGAUAACACUGGGAAAAUUAGUCUUCGAAACCUUCGCAGAGUAGCGAAGGAAAUAGGCGACCGACUGGAAGAUGAUGAACUACAAGCCAUGAUCGAUGAAUUUGAUCUUGACCAGGAUGGAGAAAUUAAUGAGCAAGAAUUUUUUGCUAUCAUGACCGACGAUGCAUAGCCCCUCCGGGCCGUACCCAUGACCUCGUUAAAUCCCUCUCGCCUUCCCUUUUCGUCGCCGUACGCCCCAUAGAGUCUCCUUGAAUUUCUUACUAUCUAUCGUCGUUCGCAUCCCCCUGCUAUUCUAUUCAGCCACACCUCUCGUCGUGCCUUUUUCCGGCUGUCCUAUCCCGUAAGCAUACAUGAACCCCUCUCUUUUUGUGUGAAAGAGACUGAAUAGCCCUGUCACCGGUUGUAGAUGUAUUCCAUUAGCUUAUCAUCUCUCGUCAUUUGUAAUCAUACUACUACGACAUUCUG